AGCGGAGGUUGAGUCCAUUGAUUUUUUUGACGAUGUAACCCAUCUCUUUAAGGAUACGGUGACAAUUUGAAUGAGAAACCCCUUCAUUUUGUGCAUAAUCAUCGCAAGAAGGGCUUAUGUGCUCCUCGCCGCUUGAUUUCCGACUCGGGGUGCUCAGUGUUGUCGGGGUAGAGUCCGUUUCACUGCAUCAACAUGGGUGUGAUCGGUGUGCAGCUGGUGGUUACCAUGGUAAUGGCCAGUGUAAUUCAAAAAAUCAUACCUCAUUAUUCCUUCGCAAGAUGGCUUCUCUGCAGUGGCAGUCUGCGGUGGUAUCAGCACCCUACAGAAGAUGAGUUGAGGAGCUUAGCUGGGAAACAAAAAGGACAGAAGCGAAAAGACAGGAAGUACAAUGGUCACAUAGAAAAUAAGCCGCUAACAGUUCCCAAGGACAUAGACUUACAGCUGGAGACGAAAUGCAUCACAGAAGUCGACACUUUAGCAUUGCACUACUUCCCAGAGUUCCAGUGGCUGGUGGAUUUCACUGUAGCGGCAACUGUGGUCUAUCUGAUAACAGAGCUCUACUACAGUGUGGCUCAGCCCUCAGGAGAGAUGAACAUCAGUGUGGUCUGGUGCCUGCUAGUACUCGCCUUUGUCAUUAAGACCCUUUUCUCUCUAACGGCCCACUACUUCAAGCUCGAGGAAGGAGGCGAGCGCUCACUCUGCAUUACUUUUGGGUUUUUCUUUUUUGUCAAAGCCAUGGCCAUUCUAAUCGUCACUGAAAACUACCUGGAGUUUGGUCUUGAGACCGGUUUUGCAAACUUCUCUGACAGCGCUCUACAAUUUCUGGAGCACCAGGGCUUAGAGUCCCAGGGUCCCAUAUCUAAACUCACCUUCAAGCUGAUCCUGGCCCUGCUCUGCUCCCUGAUUGGAGCAUUUCUAACUUUCCCUGGUCUACGAUUGGCCCAGAUGCAUCUAGAUGCACUCAAUCUGACCACAGCCAAAUUUACACAGACUCUGCUUUAUAUCAACUUCCUGUCACCCCUUAUCAUGCUCCUGCUGUGGGUGAAGCCCAUCACCAAGGAUUACAUAAUGAACCCCACUCUGGGAAAGGAGAGUGUGCCUUUGAUGACUGAGCAGACGUAUGAUACGUUGCGGUUAUGGGCCAUCAUACUGAUGUGUAUGCUACGGCUCGCUAUGAUGAGACAUCAUUUGCAGGCCUACCUCAACCUGGCCCAGAAGGGUGUGGACCAGAUGAAGAAGGAGGCAGGCCGGAUAAGUACCGUUGACCUGCAGAAGAUGGUUGCACGUGUUUUUUACUACUUGUGUGUAAUCGCACUACAGUAUGUGGCACCACUGGUGAUGCUGCUGCAUACAACUUUGCUGCUAAAAACCUUAGGUGGACACUCCUGGUGGGUCUAUCCUGAAGAAGACCUGCCUUGCAUCUAUGAAAUGAACUCUGACUCUGUGAUGGGGGCGGCACCAGUAGUGGCCCCAACACCAGCUUCAGUGGUAGAAACAGGAGCCCGGGCGUCAGUGGCCCAGCUGUCAGUGGCCCUGGGAGGCCUGCGGACUGUCUUCAGCCCCAUGCUUUUCCGGGGCCUCUUCUCCUUCUUUACUUGGUGGAUUGCUGCCUGCCUCUUCUCCACCUCCCUCUUUGGCCUCUUCUACCAUCAGUAUCUCAUGGCGGCAUAGCAUCAGCAACCCAGCAGUGCCAGCCAGACCCCCACAGGGCUACUGUACAUUCAGCCUAAUCAGAAAGGACUGAUUGGGGGCAACAGAGGCCUAUUGAUGACUCUACUCCACAACUCCUCCUUUCUUUCCUUCCUCCCUCUUCCCCUUUGACCACCUCUCAGUGACUGACCAUAUCAUCAGAGCUCCUGGUUCAACUUCCAGUGCUUCCUUCAAAAAUGACUCUGUGAACUCGUCAUUGUUUUUACUACUACGACUACUUCAUUUAAUUUGGAGAGCAAGAUUUCUAAACCUUAAUAACAAACAGACUAAAGAAUGAGUUAGAAGAAUAUUAAUCAGUGUCAGUGGUGUGUUGGUAUAGUAAUGAGAAAAUGAUCCAGUUUGCUGUAUGAAAAUUGAAUGAUAUAAGGUGAAAUACUGUAUCUCAGUUGCUGAUUACAAUUAAUUUUACGUGUUGAAAGGUGGUGUGGCAGUUCUACUCAGUUGCACCAUUUUUAAUCGAGCCAAUGGGGAGAUAAUGUUGAUAGUUGUUCACACCAGAUCAGAUGUAACCAGUUUGACCCAUCAACAUCUUUAGAUUCAAAAUGUCUCUUACUUUAGAGAAACCUAAUUGCAGCCUCUUACAGAUGCAUGCAUGUCAGCCGGAGUCAGAUAUCAGACUCUUGUCCAUCCUCUUACUAAGUCCACCGUAAACUAGUAUUGGCGAUCAAUUAUAUCAAAGACUUAUCCAGGAAAAAUUUGGAGUUGGUCUGCAUGACUGGAUAUGUGCUGUGAAGUUUAAGUUUUAUUGAUUGGUACUUAUGUGCACCGCCUUGACAUUAAGAGUCAUGCAGCCAUCUAUAUUCCAGUCUGUGUCACAGUCCAUGAAAUUGCUAAUUUCCCUCUAUGACAUGUUGUAAGGAAGCUACAUUUAGGUCGCAGAAUAUCAUUGAAUCUGGAGAUGUUCAUGGAGGCUAGCGUGUGACUUCAUAUUAGCCGGAAAUCACAUGGACUUAUUUUUUGCUGAACCUUUUUUUUUCUUUCUUUUUUUUUUAAGUGUGUGUGUGUGGGCGGGGGGGGUAUUUUUGUCUUUUGAUCAAAACUUUAAAAUAUGUGUGUUAAAAGAAAAUGGCCUCUUUUUCUCAGAUGCCUAAAUUCCAUUGCCACGGACCACAAAAGAGUCUGAGUCUUAAAAUUUUGCCAGUGCUUUUCUGUGUGGAGGUGGAGGAGGAGGGGGAGGAAGAGAAUGAGGGAGGGGCAGCCUGUGGAUUUUCCCCCCAAAUGGGUGAGAUGGGAUGACCUAACCAAGGUAUGACGGUGGAGAACUCAAGAAGAGAUGUACUUGCAGAGGAGCAAGAGGAGAUGUUAAACUGAUGGGGCGACAUCUCACUGACUUGAAUCUGAUGUAUUUAAAUGUGUCUAAUUGAAGUUGCCAUCAAGGACAAACUUUUUAAAUGAAAGUCGUUCCAAUAGACUUGUGAUGUUUCAAUUUGCAAUGUAACCUCCCUGGUUUUAACUGAGCCAUUUAAGAAGCUAUGAGAGAAUCUGGAGCUCUUUUUUUUUUUUUUUUUUUUUUUUUUU